GUCUUCAGAUCUAAGAAAACGUACAUUAGCCGCCGCUAUAACGUUAGCAUCAUUUUUUUUUGUCGGCGGCUAACAGCCAAAAUUAAAAACUAAAAAGCAAAGAAGCAGACGCUUCAUCAUAACUUUUACCGAGUCGUUACGUGGUCGGUUAGCCUGCCUCUUUAACGUUACUGUCGGCCUUUCAGAAACCGUCAGCUGAAGGUUGUUUACAGCCACGCAAUCCCAAACCGGAUAUUAUUUUAUUUGUUGUUGUUAUUAUUGUUAUUUUCCGUGAUAUUGUUGAAAAUGGCGGCGAUCGGAAUGGUGCAGAUGUUGAUCGAAGCAGCCGAGUUCCUCGAUCGCAGGGAAAGAGAAGCCGAGCACGGCUAUGCUUCCAUGCUCCCCUUCACCAGCAGCAGAGAGCUGGAGAGCUUAAAGCGGAGAAGCAAAAGCAAGAAAAACACAAGUAGCAGGUCUACGCACAAUGAAAUGGAAAAGAACAGACGGGCACAUUUACGGCUGUGCUUAGAGCGCUUGAAAUCCCUCGUUCCCUUGGGACCAGAUGCCAGCAGGCACACCACGCUCAGCCUGCUGAUGAAGGCCAAAGAUCACAUCAAGAGGCUGGAGGAGAGCGAGAGGAAAGCUCAGCACACCUUAGAGCAGCUGCAGCGAGAGCAGAGACACCUGAGGAGGCAUCUGGAGCAGCUGGGUGUGGAGAGGACCCGCAUGGACAGCACCGGAUCCACUCUGUCCUCCGACAAGUCCGACUCCGACCAGGAGGACGUGGACGUGGAGGGGAUGGACUACCUGCUGGGUGACCUGGAGUGGAGCACCAGCAGCGUGAGCGACUCAGGGGACGAACGAGGCAGCCUGCGCAGCAGUUGUAGCGAUGAGGGCUACUCCAGCGCCAGCCUGCAGCGCCUGCAGGACACUCAGGAGAAGGCCAAGCAGCUGGGCUGCAGCCUAUAAACAGCACUGGUCUGUGAUCAGAGCAGUCACCCAGUCUCCUCCCACCCCCCAAUCACACCUCACCCCACCCUCCCUAACCCCAAACCAGGACUGACCAACCAGGCCUCUGCCUGCUAUCCUACCUGUGAUCCACUUUCACCCACCCACAAACCGUCGUCAUGAGGGGUCAACCUCCUGCUCUGCACCAAUCAAAUGGGCAGGAUUUUAAAGACACUCCUUGCCACUUGUUGUGCUCUCCCCACUCUCCCCCACCACCCACCCUUUUUACAGAAACACAACUUUCAGCCAGAGAAUGUUACCACACAAUGUCCCACUGCCUCGACUUCUAUGCCUCAAGAGCCAUGGGAAGCACUUAGGAGAUUUCACCUUCCUCACACACACCUUGACGCUCCAAGCCGUCCAGUGAGACGCCCCAAAGGUGUGACACUUCUUAAACUUAAGUUGUCAAUCAUCAGUGCAUGACAUUUUGCACUUAAAUUACAUUUGUAAAAGAAAUCUGGCAUCUUUUGCAAUCAGUAAAGCCCCCCCUCCCCUCCCCAACUGCAGAUCUUGCAGCGUCACACCAUUGAGCAAUUGGAAAGCGCGCCACUUCACGGUGCAGCGUCGUUAGCAGACGCCAAAAUAGAUGGUGUGUCUUUGUGGUGUUAAUUGUUGGGGCCUGGCAGCAAUACGUCCUUUAAAUAACCCUGUAAUUUUAGUGUCCUCCUCUCGCCAUCCCAAAGUAACACAAAAACAAAACAAAAAAAUAAUAGUAAAAUAGAAACUUAUGUGCAGCAUGAGAUUGUGAAGGGCCAGG